AUGUCACUACCAUUCCUUACUUCUGCUCCCGGCAAAGUCAUCAUUUUUGGUGAACACUCUGCUGUGUACGGCAAACCAGCUGUCGCUGCCAGUGUGUCUGCUUUAAGAACUUACUUGCUAAUAAGCGAGUCAUCCACCCCCAACACUAUUGAACUGGACUUUCCGGAUAUUGCUUUCAACCAUAAAUGGUCCAUCGACGAUUUCGAUGCUAUCAUCAAGGAUCAAAUGAACUCUCAAAAAUUGUCUAAGGCUCAACAAGCUACAGGUGAAUUGUCUCAGGAGCUUGUUGAUGUCUUACAGCCCUUGCUAGCUGAACUGUCCAAAUCAUUCCACUACCAUGCUGCCUUUUGUUUCUUAUACAUGUUUGUUUGCUUAUGUCCGCAUGCCAAGAAUAUUAAGUUCUCUUUAAAGUCCACUUUGCCUAUUGGUGCUGGAUUGGGCUCAAGCGCAUCCAUUUCUGUGGCAUUGGCCUUAGCUAUGGCCUACUUGGGCGGUUUAAUUGAGUCCAGUGACUUGGAAAAACUAUCCGAGAGCGAUAAACAUUUAGUGAACCAAUGGGCAUUCACAGGUGAAAAGUGUAUCCAUGGUACGCCUUCAGGAAUAGAUAACGCUGUGGCCACUUACGGAAAUGCUUUGCUGUUUGAAAAGGACUCUCGCAAGGGAACGAUAAACACAAAUAACUUCAAAUUCUUGGACGAAUUCCCAACUAUCCCAAUGAUAUUAACUUAUACCAGAAUUCCAAGAUCCACCAAGGAUCUAGUGACUAAUGUACGUGUACUAGUAACCGAAAAGUUCCCUGAAGUAAUGAAACCGCUCUUGGAUGCUAUGGGCGAAUGUGCUCUACAAGGGCUGGAUAUCAUGACUCAAUUGAGCAAAUGUACAGGCUCUGAUGAAGAUGCUUCAGAAAAAAACAACAUCCUAUAUGAGCAGCUGUUGGAACUAAUAAGAAUAAAUCACGGGUUGCUUGUUUCUAUUGGCGUUUCUCAUCCUGGAUUAGAAAUCAUAAAAAAUUUAAGUGAUGAUUUAAGAAUUGGCUCAACAAAAUUGACAGGUGCUGGUGGAGGCGGUUGUUCUUUGACUUUACUUCGUAGAGAUAUUACUCAAGAGCAAACCGAUAGUUUCAAAACAAAACUACAAACUGAUUUUGGUUAUGAAACAUUUGAAACCGGUUUAGGUGGUACCGGUUGCUGUUUACUGAGGGCAGAAGAUUUGAAUAAAGAUCUUAAAAUCAAAAACCGAAUCAUUCAACUUUUUGAAGCCAAGGAUACCACUAAACAACAAAUCGAUGAUUUGUUGUUACCAGGAAGUGCAAACUUGCCAUGGACUUCAUAA